UUUUUUUCCGCCUUUUCUGGAAGGAUUUCGCUGCUUCCCGAAGGUCUUGGACGAGCGCUCCAGCUCCGUGGGAAGGUUUUGGGCUCUCUGGCGCGGAUUUUGCAAUUUCUCCCUGGGGACUGUCGUGGAGCCGCGUCCACUGUGGAUUAUAAUUGCAACAUGACGCUGGAAGAGCUCGUGGCGUGCGACAACGCGGCGCAGAAGAUGCAGACGGUGACCGCCGCGGUGGAGGAGCUGUUGGUGGCCGCUCAGCGCCAGGAUCGCCUCACAGUGGGGGUGUACGAGUCGGCCAAGUUGAUGAAUGUGGACCCAGACAGCGUGGUCCUCUGCCUCUUGGCCAUUGACGAGGAGGAGGAGGAUGACAUCGCCCUGCAAAUCCACUUCACGCUCAUCCAGUCCUUCUGCUGCGACAACGACAUUAACAUCAUGCGGGUGUCGGGCAUGCAGCGCCUGGCACAGCUCCUGGGAGAGCCGGCCGAGACCCAGGGCACCACUGAGGCCCGAGACCUGCAUUGUCUCCUGGUCACGAACCCUCACACGGACGCCUGGAAGAGCCACGGCUUGGUGGAGGUAGCCAGCUACUGCGAAGAAAGCCGGGGCAACAACCAGUGGGUGCCCUACAUCUCUCUUCAGGAACGCUGAGGCCCUUCCCAGCAGCAGAACCUGUUGAGUUGCUGCCAAAAACAAAAAAUAAAAUAAAUAUUUGAACCCCCCUCCCCCCCAG